AUGGAAAUCGGCGAAAUAACAUGGUUUUGUUAUUUCACACUGAGGGAUGCAUUAGUGUGGAUAACUCUGAAUGAAGUGCAGCUGAAACAGGAGCCUAAUGAUGGCUUCAAUGAUGAUGAACUCAUUGAAAUCCACAGCUGCAACUUCAACACAGCUGACGAGAUCAGUAACGUUGACAACAUGCCUGCUCGUGCUUCGGUUGUUCGAGGAGGAGAUGAGGAUGAGGAGAAUGAGGAGGACGAUGACAGUGGCGUGCGAUCAAAAGUGAUUGUUUGUUUAUGUCUUAUAAAUGUCUCCUACUUUCAAUGCAAUGUUCUGCAGGUUCGACGAAGGCCUGGCAUAUUGUCACGGAGAGGCAGGAAAAGAAAAACAGCUGAUAAUAAUAAAAUGGUUGGAACUUCAAAGAAUUCUGCUUCUUAUGAAGAUGGUGAUUGCUUACAAAUUCACACAAGCAGAAGUAAAAAAUCAAAAAAUGAUUCAAGUAGGGCGUUCAAUGGAAAUUUAGAUGAUGUUGAUAGCGACAGUGUUCAUGGAGUAACACGAAAUGACGAGUCAGUGGUUGAUGGAGAUGACAACUCUGAACCCAACUAUUCAAUCGUAACUUCGCCUUCCAACUGCGACAACAACAAUUAUUCCAGAGCUGAUGAAGAACGGAGAAGCGGCAAUAGAAAUGUUGCAGAGGAGGAAGAGGAGGAAGAGGAAGAUGAUGCCGAAACCAAUGAUGUCAGCACCAAUGGAGGGGAGGAAACUGAAGAUGCUUUCAGUAACGAAAGUGACGCAUGUGAUCUGGAAAUUGUGAUGCCCGUCGAAUCCGACUCCGAAGUUGAUUACGUAAAGGCAGCUGCCGACCAGUUGUUGAGUUUGAGUGAAGAAGCGAGGGCUGAUGUGAUGGUGAUGGGAGGUCGUCCGCAGACGAAAUGUCCCAUAACACAGAGUACCAUGAUAGAACCAGUUCGAAAUAAAUUGUGCGGUCACUCGUACGAUAGGAAAGGAGCGCUCCAACUCAUCAACAUGAGGGCUAACAAAGCCAGAUGUCCUGUUCCUGGCUGUGCAAAUGUUGAACCAUUGAAUGAAGAUCAACUGGAAGAAGAUGCUCAGAUCAAAAUGUUGCUCAACUUAUCUUGA